AUGCUGGGCUCGGUGGGCCGAGGGUACAGUGUGGCCCUGCUGCUUCGGGGUCGAGAAACAGAGGCACCCCGGCUUGUGCCUCAGCUGCUGCAGAUGCUGUUUGAAGCUCUGCCCCUCAGGGGCUCUGAUGCCGUGCUUAGUACUCUUAGCUUGGUGCAGCUCAGCACCAGUGGGAGGACUCGGGACCUGCUUGCUCCAGGGACAGAGAACCUGUCGGUGCUGGAUGUGGCCCCUCUGGGCUUGGUGGUAGAAAAUGCCAGUGAAGUGGAGGUGUCUGACUCAAGAGCUGCCUCAGAGCUGUACUUGCAGGCUGCAGGUGGUGAAGGCAGAGACUGUCCCUUGCUGCAGGUGUUGGCUGGUAAAGUUGCUGGUGAGGAGGUGGAGGGCUCUCUGCCCUGGAUUGUCUCAUGUCUCCUGGAAGGAAACAACUACAGUGGCCUUCUUCUUCGCCUGGACCCUCAAGGCAGCUCCCUGAGCUUGCUCCAGGCUGCUCUGUUGGGGGCCGCAGGAAGGAGGAUGAAGGUGAGACAGGUGAGGCCCACCCUCUGGGAUGCAGUAGAAGAGGCCCGGGCCCGGCGGGCUGGACUGAAGAGCCUGCGUUCAGGCCUCCUUGGGGACGCCCUGACAGAUAGUGGGCUCAGCCAGCUAGGCAGGGCACUGCGGGAGUUGCAGGUGGUAAAAGCCUGGAGCCAGCGCUCAGGAAGCUGGAUGCUCAAAGCAGUCAAAACUGAGGCUAUGGGGCUCCCAGAACCACAGCAGGUGACAGAUUCAACAGCAAGCCCCAGCCCAGGCCUCCAGGAAGAGCCUCAAGUGGCAGGAAGAACAGCAUCUAUAGGACCUGAUCUCCACCAAAUGCACCCUCUCAGGGAGCCUGAGGAACAGGCCCAGCAGGCCCCGGAUGUGGCCCUGCAGUUCUUCCUGGCUCAGGCCCAGAGGCAGAGACUGCGAGAACAGCACCAAAUUUGGAUCCAAGAGGAACUGAAGCAUUUGGAACAACAGGAAGAGGUGGUGGCAAGGGACCAGGUCAAAGGCCUGGUGGCUGAAGAGGUUUCCGAGGAGAGGCAGAGACGGCACCGGGAGUGGACAGGGCUGAGACUCCAGCUGGAGGCCCUUCAGGUAGAACGGGACACGGCGGAGCAGGACCUGACAGCCCUCUAUGACCUGCACGUGCAGGCUGCCCGGGCUUGGACAUGCCACACGCUGCAGGUAUUCCGAGCCUGGCGGGGGCUGUGGGAGGAACAGGCCACGGCUGCAGAGCAUCGCUAUCGCAGCCUGCUGGCUGGCAUCCUGCAAGACACCAUCAACCUGGCCACGCAGAACCAGGAGCUCCAAGCCCAGAGCCAGCGACUUCAGCAGACUAGGCUGGGCGCAGGCAUGCUGGAUCCCGGCCCUGAGGAGAAAUGUGGGGAUCAGGAAUCCUUCAGGGACAGUUUCCUCUCUCCUCAUUCGUAAAGGUCCUAGAAGGGAGAGGAGCUGGGACACAACAGCCAAGCUAACCUUCAUUAUGGAUAAUUAAUAACACCACUAACUAGGUCUCAUUGUGCCAGUCCCUGCUGAGCACACUAAUAUCCCUUAUUUGAUUUAGCCAUUUCCUUUAUAGUAGUAGGUAUCAUUUGAUGCCCCCAUUUCAGAGAUAAGCCAACUAAAGCUAAGAGAGGUUAAGUAACUGUUCAAGGACAGUCAGCCAAUAGGUGACAGAGCCAGAAUUAAAACUCAAGCCUGGUUGGCUAUAGUUCUACACUGCCAGCAAUAGUAGUUCACAAGUUGCAGUGUGCAUCAGAAUCACCUAGGAAGCUUACU